UGGGAGGAGCGCCACUAGGUGGCAGCACUCAACCGUCAUUGUGUUGCUAACAUCAGCCUUUAGUUGUCAAUGCGAGAACAGCUACAGUCAUCUGAACUGAGUUUGUUGUCCAGAUUUUUGGUUUUCAAGCUAAAAAGAUGGAGGAGUUUCAUUCUGGAGACGAAGUGUCCUUCAGCCCAGACGAAGCAAGCAAUGUUGUGAAGGAGUGCAUAGAGGGUAUUAUUGGAGGCGUGGACUACAGCCAGAACAAAGUCAACCAGUGGACAGCCAGCAUAGUCGAACACACUCUCACUCAGUUAGUCAAACAAGGGAAACCGUUCAAGUACAUUGUCAACUGUGCUGUGAUGCAGAAAAGCGGCGCAGGUCUUCACACAGCCAACUCUUGUUACUGGGACACUACCACUGAUGGAAGCUGCACAGUCAGGUGGGAGAACCGCACCAUGUACUGUGUCGUCAGUGUGUUUGCAGUGGCUAUUGCACUAUGAGCAGAAAUCAGGGCUGAGACACUAAACCACCUUCACUUUGACAGUCACAUGUGUCUUGUGUCAUGUUUUGACUAUUCUACAAAAUUUAGAGCGUAUCGCUAAUUCUCGGCUACUACAUCAUGGUCAUUUGUCUUUUAUUGUUAUUUUUUUGGGCUUGCAAAGGUAACGUGCACCUUUGCUCUGUAUAGGAUGAAAUGCAAAUAUGUUGAUGCUUAAUUAUUAAAGUUUUGUCUGUUUUGGGUUUAAUGAUCCAAAA